AUGCUAAUACUGAGUAAGACACCAGGAGUCUUUUCUAAACCAGCAAGAAAGAAAACUUACGAAUUUUUAAGAAUUUUUAAUUUUCAUCCUGGAAAACCGUUUCUUCAUAAACUAGUAUUGGGAAUCGAAACCAGUUGUGAUGAUACAGCAGCUGCUGUGGUGGAUGAAACUGGAAACAUUUUGGGAGAAGCGAUACAUUCCCAAACUGAAGUUCAUUUAAAAACAGGUGGGAUUGUUCCUUCAGUAGCUCAGCAGCUUCACAGAGAAAAUAUUCAGCGGAUAGUGCAAGAAGCUCUCUCUUCCAGUAAAGUCUGUCCAAGUGAACUCUCAGCAGUCGCAACCACUGUAAAACCAGGACUUGCUCUAAGCUUGGGAGUAGGCUUAUCAUUUAGCUUACACCUAGUAGACCAGUUAAAAAAACCUUUCAUUCCCAUUCAUCAUAUGGAGGCUCACGCUCUGACUAUUAGGUUGUUAAAUAAAGUAGACUUUCCCUUCUUAGUUCUUUUGAUUUCUGGAGGUCAUUGUCUAUUGGCAUUAGUCAGAGGAGUUUCAGAUUUUCUGCUUCUGGGGAAGUCUUUGGACAUAGCACCAGGUGACAUGCUUGACAAGGUAGCAAGAAGACUGUCUUUGAUAAAACAUCCAGAGUGCUCCACCAUGAGCGGUGGGAAGGCUAUAGAACAUUUGGCCAAACAAGGAAAUAAACUGCAUUUUGAUAUCAAACCUCCCAUGCAACGAGCUAAAAAUUGUGAUUUUUCUUUUUCUGGACUUCAGCAUGUUGUUGAUAGGAUAAUAACACAAAAGGAAAAAGAGGAAGGGAUCCAGAAGGGGGAAAUCCUGGCUUCGGCUGCACACAUUGCCGCUGCGGUACAGCACACGACAGCGUGCCACAUUGCGAAGAGAACUCACCGUGCCAUUCUGUUCUGCAAGCAGAGACGCCUGUUACCUCCAAGUAAUGCAGUACUGGUUGUAUCUGGAGGUGUCGCAAGUAACUUCUACAUCCGAAAAGCUCUGGAAAUUGUAACAAAUGCAACAGAGUGCACUUUGUUGUGUCCCCCUCCCAGACUGUGCACUGACAACGGCAUUAUGAUUGCAUGGAACGGUAUUGAAAGAUUGUGUGCUGGUGUGGGCGUUUUACACAACACAGAAGGCAUCCGCUAUGAACCCAAAUGUCCUCUUGGAGUAGACAUAUCAGAAGAAGUUGGAGAAGCUGCCAUAAAAGUACCACGGUUAAAAAUGGACAUUUGAUUUUUGCUUUUCAAAAAAUCCCUAAAGAAACUUAAGCUCUGAUGAAACUCCAGCACUGAAGCAAAAUCCUGUGGAUAAAUUAAUGCCCAUCAGCCUUCGCCAUAACUGCAGGCACUGUGUCUGAUUUAGCCCUGUUUCUACCCAGGAGUCUGGCCUAGCUUUGAAUGAAAUUCAAAGGUCUUUUAAACCUGUUUUGAUGAUGCCAAAGUCAGGUGGUAUUCCUGGUUGGCUCAGGACUCUCAAGUAAUAUCCCAGAAGUGGUUUUCCAGAUCAGACUUGGAAGCGACCAGAACCCCAGAAAGUUUUUCUGAAACAUGAAUAACUUGGCCAAAUGGGAUCCCCAAGAUUGCCUCCACAGGUAGUUUUGCUGCUAAAUCAGAAGUAAAACGGGCUUUGGUAGUGGACAUUCAGGGUGAGUUUUCUCUCUCGGUAUUCAGUCCCAGCAGGAACAGUUCCCCUUGCUGGAUCUCCCUUAAGCUUCCUGACAAGUUCCUCUAUGGCUCAUCUCACUGCUGCAACGUCACAGACACAGGCACAAUACCUUAAGGAAGGAAGUCCCACUCGCUGCUGCAGCUGAAAUUCCUUUAAAAAAGCUGGGUUGAUACUUGCAUCUCUGUUGAUAUUAUUUGUUAUACGGAGGAACUGGUUAGGCUUAUUUCUGCAUUCCUUUAGUAGGAUGCGGAAAGCAUUCGCGUUGUAGGUUAAGUAGCCGAGAGCACAGGAGCAAGCUGUGCGAACCUAAAUGAAGAAGCAAUUCAAUCCCUUCAUUGAGCUUUAUUCUUAAAAUAUCUAACAAACUGUUCUCACUAAACAGUUCAUUAGUCUCUGUAGCUAUGCCUAGCAAACAUGGAUGUCCACCCACGGCAAUCUACAGAGGGAAGCAGAACAGCCAUAUUUUUCGAGAAAGCUGUCAACUGCCAUUGGUUUCUAGUACUUGUUCUCAGUCCUGACUGUGUUUUAGAAUCACCAGCCGUUAAAAAAGAAAAAAGAAAAAAAGCCCACCAACUGUCUUGGGGUUAGAAUCUAGGCAUUCACACGGUCUUUAAAAGUGCCAGAGGCGACUCUAAUAUGCAGCAGAGUAAGAACCAUUGAGUUGGAACUAAGGGUCUCAGUCUUGAUUGUGCAUUGGAAUCCCCUUGAUAGUUACUAAAAUUGCUCAGUGCCUGGGUUCCACCCCUAGAAACUCUUAAUUAUUUUGGCUGCAGCCUGGAUGCUGGAAUUUUUCAAAACUGCUGUUGAUUAUAAUAGGAGACCAGGCAAGAGACUAGAGGAUAAAAAUAAGAUUAAAAAAAAAAAAAAGAAAAACAACAAAAAAACCUCCACACACUCAAGAAAGCAAUUUAGUUUUCCACUGGCAAAAACUAAUUAACAGUCACAGGACUGCAGAAAAAGAUAUCCUCUGCCUGUGACCCGGAAGUAAUCAGGUUGUUCAUAAGAUUAAAGUAUAUUCCUGGGAAGUUCUUAGAAAAUCUGUUAGUGGUGGCCUAAGAAAUGUCAUAGAAUGAACAUAAGCCAGAGUUGAUAUUCUAGUUUCUACACUGGCAUGUGACUGCUGCAUGUGCCCGUAUAUCUUCCAUACCUUGAACCAUGGCUCUCAGUGUACAGUCCCGAUACCAUUUCUAACCAGCUUCUAGGAGCUGAUUAGAAACGCCCAUUUUAGGGCCUAAAACAGAUGUAUUCAGUAAGAAAUGCUGGGAAUAGAGCCCAGGAAUCUAUGGUGUAACAGAUUCCCGUGAUUUCUGCGUACCCUGAAGUUGGAGAAACACUGCCUCACACCUGGGGAGGGGGCGGGGGAGUCUCAGAAGCAGACCAGGACUCUGGCCUUCUUCAUACUGUUGGCUCUGAUCCUGCUUGGCAGAUAAAACUGUCCAGUGGAUCCCACUUUCACGCGUUCCAAAUAAUCGUAGAAAUGACUUAGAUCACAAAAACUGCUUAGUUACUAAGUUAAUAAGUUAGUCACCAGUUUUUGUGAGAUAUUUUAUAAAUAUUUUAAUUACAAACUUCUCUAUCAUCAGUGUACUUAUUUGUAUAUUGAAUCUUAAGUACUGAUGUUAAAACAAAUAUGCACAUUUUGUAGGAACCACCAUUAUGGAUGGCAGAUGUGGUACUAGAAAAAUCUAAUUUUGAGUCAGUAACAUGAACUAUUAUAUAACAUAGUCAGCCUGUAGAGAAAGUAGCACACAAUUACAUUUUUAGAAUAUUCGCAAUUACAUUUUUAGAAUAUUCGAUUAUACAAUUGGUUUUGUUUUUACCUCUUCUUUUCCAGAAUACAAAUGAUAGCAGAGCUGUUGGAUUGUCCCUAAUGUGGUAAAUGCUUCUAGAAUAGCAGCUCUAGAAUGAGCCAGGCUAGCUAUUAAAUUCCCUGAAAAUUAAACAAGAAAAAAAGUUUGUGUUAUUUAAUGUAUAUAAACUGAUCGACUGUACUUCUGUUCAGUUGCACAGAUUAUUAAAAGGGUUGAGUCACAAGACAUCUCUAAUGAAGGACUGAGAAAAAGCAUGUAUGUAUUAAAUGUGGAGUUCCUUCCCCAAAAUUAUGAUUUGGUUUUCUGUCUGUCACCAACAGUAAAAGUUAAUUCGCUUUAUUUAAAAGUAGGGAGUUUUGAAAAUCGGAGUUUUUCUUUCCUGUGGCUUCAGAAUAUAUUCUGUUUUGAGCUUUUGUGUUUUUUUAAUGACCGUGAACAUAAUGUUUGAACUACCAUAAAAAAAAUUAAGUUUGUCCUUUUUGCAAUUCAGAUCACUUUGAGUUAAGAGCUUAAUGGUAUUUUGAACCCAAACAAUGUAUUACUUAAAUUUAAAAUUGUUGACGUUUUUGCCAUAUAAAGAAAUGUUUGGAGAUUGAAAAUAAUAAAGUAAUUAGGUAAUUAAAUAAAUCUGCAACUACCAAUUUAAAACUCA